CCUACAAAUCAGUAACAUCUGAAGCUAUAAAACUGAAAUUAGAAAAGAAAAAUUUCACUUUCAGAUGUUUUUGUGCAAACCAAUCAACCACUGCAAUAAACAAGCAAAGGAAGUCAUCUCCAUUAUUAUUGUGUUUAAGUUUAGAUGCCUUUCCAGAAAGUUGAAUUUUAGUCACAAAUAGCCAGGUUAGAUGAACAAGUAAACCAGUGAAAUUCAUUGCCCUAUGCCACAGACAGGCCAAGCUUAUACUGUUACACACCAAGAGAAACAAGAUUUCUCAUGUACCAGGAUCAGCUCAUUUUCCCUACAAAAUGCAGGAAUUGCCUUCCAAAUUACUCAUUUCCUUUCCAAAAGAAGAAACUCCUCCAUAAAUAAGGACUGCAUUUGCAAAACUCUUUUUCUAGCAUCUGCCUUUCAGAUGUCACAAACAUCCCCAUAUACAUGCACCCCUUCUUCACUUUGUGGGACCUGAGGCUGCUUGCCAAACUGUUGGAAAGAAAACCCAAAUAUACAAACCAGAAAUGCUCCAGUAGAUACUGGUACCUAAUUCCCAAAGAGGACUGUAUCUUUAGUCAUACCUUUUCCUUCAGCAGCGAGCUGAGGCUGUUUCCUCAUUAAUAUAUUGGCCACUAUGAAUUUUAAUCUUAGAAGCCAAACUGCCUUUGCGUUUCUGCUUAACUGGUUGGCUAUCCCAGCUGAAACCAAGACCCUGAUGCCCGUAACAAAUGUCACAGUCAGGCCCCGCAACCGAGCUGGGAACUGAAACAACUCUGAGAAUCUCACUGCAGAACUUCUUUUGUGACUCGGCAUGUUUCAUCGCCAUGGACACGCACAGCUUACAAACAGCAGGUUUCCUUAGAGAGCACAGCCUGGCAAUCAGCAAAUGCUGUCCAAUAGACCAGGAACAGCAAGCCACAAGAAGCUACCUGGAAAAUCCAUGAAGACGACAGGAGCAGGAAAGUUUGGCAGAGUUUGAUACUCCCAGUGUGGACUAUGGCAUCCAAGACAAAGCAGAUGAAACAAGACACCACACGUGCUGGGAAAAAUAAGCAAGAAAUAACAACCAAGAAUGGAGAUACAUCCAGAGGAGCAAGUGACAUGGAAAUACUUGCCCAAGAGAGAAAAUCAUACUUGCAGAAGGAAUACAAGGUUGUUACUGAACAUAUGAACACAUACAUGGGAAUGAUGGAGUAUUUCCUGCAGGAAAAUAAAUUCCUAGAAAAGGAAGCCCAACAGAACCAGGAAGAGGGCAACACUUACCUCUCUUACAUAAAAAAACACAGCCAGAAGUGCCACGAUCUGAUAAUAACAUUAAAUGACCAGAAUCACGCUGAUCUGUCUGAAGUUGGGAUGCAGAAAGAGAAGCUCAUCUCACAGUACACAGAAAAAGAAAAGGAUGUAAGGAGUGAUCUGAUGAACAUGGAGUCAAAGUACUCUCUUCUGAGCAAGGAGGUUGAAGACCUGAAGCCUUUCAAUGACCCAUCUUAUCGGAAGGAACAGAUAAAAAAGAUUAAAGAGCUGGAGAAGGAACUGUUGGUCACAAAGAUACAGCAUUCAGACGAAAUGCACAAAAUCAAGAGCAGAUUUCUGCGGGCCAAGGCUGACUGUAAGAUGGACUUUCAUCAGAAGAUCCAGGUUCUCACCAAGAGAGCAGAAGAAGCAGCAAUACAAUCUCUAAUUCAGCAUAUCAAACAAGUAAAAGCAGAGAAUUGGCAUCUGCGGCAGGAAUUGCUCAGACUCAUCCAAUAUUCAAAAAUCCUUAAAGAAACCAAAGCUCAACUGAGAGAGCAGCAAGAGCAGCUUCUUCGGGAGAACCAGUACAUUCAGGACAUGGCACACACGCGCCACUGUUUACACCAGCAUGAGGUGCACAACACAACUGGUGAAACCUACAGGUCUCACAGCCCAUUCAUAUGUGACCAUUAACCUCACUCAUGCCAAUGUCAGCAGACAUUACUGGACUUCCAGCUGCUGCCAUCAUUAGCUAAGUAACAGAUUAUAGAGAAGAAAAUGUUCUGUAGGAGGAUGAAAGGAUUGACACAGUUCAUGCUCAGCAUGUGAUCCAGACAACAGAUCUUAAAAGUAACAUCAGCUCUAACUUUCAUGACAUCCAUAUUGAGACAUUUGAAACUGCAAUCCCUUCAAGUCACAGAAUAAACAAUGACAUUUUCUCUUUGAAAUCAGACUUUUAUGUUUCAUUAAUUAAUAAUUUUCCAUGGGCAAGUUAUAUUCUUAGACAUAGUGAGGCAAACUUCAUCU